GGCACAGGCUGGGAGCUGCUGCAUGGCAGUGCUGGCCUAGGGUACAUUUUAACUGACCCCUUUUUCAGAUUAUUUUAUUUCCCUGCUGGUCGAAGAAUUCGUUCUCUGACUGUUUGCAGUCAGAGCUCAAUCUGGUGUGUGUCUGCUGUCAAAAGGCGAUUUUUGCCAAGGAGUUAUGCUGAGGGAAAAGGUGAAAGAGGAAGUGAGCUCACACCAUAAGGAGAGAUUGUGAUUAACCUGGUUAGCUGUUGCAGUUACACCCUCUAAAACAAGGCCGAGAAAGGAAGAAACAGCAUCUGCUGCUGGCUUGCACCUUCUAAAUUCUGCCAGGGAAUCUGGUAUAUCAGACAUCAUCCGGACCUCAUGCCAGUCCAUAGGACAAGGUCAGCUCCCAGACUGCUGCACUGGGCAGCACCGUAUGGGGAGGAGACAAGCUGAUCUGGAUGAAACCUUCUCGGUGCUUCCACGAAUGUCAUAUCCUCAGCCAUUUGUGGACAGGCCUCAGAGAACUGAUGUCUUGCUGAUGUCCCCGUGGCUGGCUCCCAUCGUGUGGGAAGGCACCUUCAACAGAGACAUCCUGAAUGCCCAGUACAGACAAAAAAAUUCCGUUGUCGGGGUGGCCACAUUUGCAGUUAAAAAAUAUGUCCGGUUCAUAGAAGGGUUUCUUGGCUCCGCAAACAAAUUCUUCCUCUCCGGGCACAGGGUCAACUUCUAUCUCUUCACUGACCACCCAGAGAAAGUCCCAUCUAUGAAGCUGGCCCCUGAGAAGCGUCUCUUCAUCAUCCCUGUCCAGAACUACCCACGGUGGCAGGACAUUUCCAUGAACCGCAUGGACAUCAUUAGCAGCCACAUCCGCAGUUGCUGGCGCUACGAAGUAGACUAUCUUUACUCCAUGGACAUCGACGUCCAGCUAUUCGAGCACAUUGGGGUGGAGAUCAUCGACACACUUGUGGGGACCAUCAGCUCCUGGCAAUACACCGAACCCCGGGAGAACAACUCAUAUGAGAGGCGGCAGGAGUCGCGAGCUGCCAUCCCCAGUGGGGAAGGGGAUUUCUACUAUGCGGCCAGCUUCUACGGAGGGAGCGUGUCUGAGGUCUACAAGUUGACCACAGCUUGCUACAAAGGGAUCAUGGAGGACAGAGCUAGUGGCAUUGAAGCCAAGUGGCAUGAGGAAAGCCACCUGAAUAAAUACCUCCUGUACCACAAGCCGACACGCCUGCUGUCCCCAGAGUACUACUGGGAUGAGGAGCUGAUCAGACCUCGCAUUGUCAAGGUUAAGAGGUUGUCCUCAGUGCACAAGGAUCUGAAAGAAGUCAGGUUCUGAAGGAAGGAAGAGAAAGAGAUGGAUGGUUGGAUGCUCUGACAGAUAUGGCAAUCUCCUGCAAUUCCCUUGAAAAAAGUCUCAUUGAAUGAAGUUUAAGUAUCUUUGGAGUCUGUUUUAUUAAAUGCAAAAGUCAUGUGACUUCUGGGAUGGGGGUGGCUGCAUAGCUUUACUACUCUCUUCCCCACCUCCUAAAAUUCACAGCCAUCAGCAGCUGAAUCAUUUUUCUUUGUGUUUUUCCCCCAUCAUAUUAGACAUUAUUCAGAAACUCUUUUCUUUUAAUUUGAUACCAUUAUGUAUGCCCCAUCAUUGCCAGCUUUUCUCCAAAAUCCUAACAAAACAGAGAACUUUCCCACAGUCAAGAUGGCCGAUAAGGGAGAGGUUGCCCCUCUGAGACUAGAUGAAAUUAUGGACUGGCUAAAACAAAUUUCAAAAGGGCAGACUAUCCUUAGGGGGAAAAAUAGAAAGAGGAUGGUUGCAUGGUACUAUAGAUUUCAUAUGCCUAGAGCUGUCCCUCUUUGCUCCCAGUGCUAUGUGAAAGAGAUAGAGACAGCUUCCCUGCCAUCAUGUUUCUACCCUGAACCUUCUUUUUCUAUGGAGAAUAAAAGAUAAGGAAGAUACUGGGGCUGGGUUCUCCUUCACUUUAACACCAGUGUCACUAUACUGACUGCGGUGGAAUCACUCUGGGAUUAUACCAAUAUCAAAGCAGAAUCAGACCUGCAGUGCAUAGUGAUGAUGUGCCAGAUAUGGAAGCUUCUUGCAAUAUCUUUGAUAUACCUUGUUGUAUUAAAUGUACAGAUUAUUGUGG